AUGUCUACUACUCAUUUCUUCGACGCCUUCCCGAACUUCAGAUUCAACCCAAACGCUCCAAUAGGCACAGAGUUUCACCGUCUGGCGCAACAAAGGAACUGGAGAAAAGGUUCGAAAACUUGGCGCAGGAACUGGAACUUGUACAUCAGUUCAGAGUACGAUAGAAUCAUAGGCCAGGCACUCCCUGCUGGGUUGGAAGAUUGGCAGGAUUUGUGCGAUGAACUUGAUCUGCAAGGAUCAUUCACGUCGAUCACCAAGUGUAAACAGGUACGUAUUCAAUCUCUGGGCUAUAGCCGUUACUUGAUCAAAAAUGUCUGCGGGAACAUCCCUGACAUGGCCAAUUCGGGUUCACAGGCCUUGUCCAGAGUGCAUGUGAACAUAGUGGACCUUAUUGAGUGUCGACAGAUAGGCCGGAGGCCACGAAAGUUCCCCAAUGUUAGCGCCCUCGCGGAUUAUACACAAGAGACCCAGAGGUUUUUCAGAAGAGAUGUGGCUAAACAGGACAAAUUGCUUCGAACGCUCCUGAGGAGGUUGGCGUAG